CACUAUUCGAGCACGCCUGCUGCACCUGCGUAUUCAUUCUCUUCUCAUCCUGCCAGUCGUUGUUUUCAGCAGUGGAUGCGUUUGGCCCAAACCGCGUCACUCUCUCGCUCGUCUUGGUCGUCGCUCACUCUCUCCUGCCGCCCUUCCUCACCGCCGCCGUCGCUGCUGCUGCUGCUGCUGCACAACACCGCCAUCCAACCCACGUCAUCACAGAGCCAGCUCGAGCUUGCCUUCCGCGCUUGUUCGUCUUCUGCUGCUCCUGCACGGCUACUCUCGUCGUACCGCUCCAGCUCGUUCCUCCCUGCGCCUGCCGCCCGCCCGUCCUGCUCGGCUCGCUUCCCUUCAUCCACUCUCAUCCCUGUGAAGAACGCCUGCCCAGUCAUCGCAGCGUCCCACUCCCAGCCUCUGCCCUCCUUCACCUCGACCUCUGCCACUUUUACAACUUUUGCCGCCGCCGCCGCCGCUGCCAUGACUUCUUCCGCCAAGGACACGACGCCGCUGCUUGCCGACCUUCGCUCGCUGUUUUCGAGUCCCACCGUGCUCGGCGCGGGACAGGCUCCGAUUGACGCCUUCUGGAUUCCGUCCGAGGAUGCGCAUCAGAGCGAGUACAUUGCUGACUGCGACAACCGCCGUGCAUUCAUCUCCAACUUUACUGGAUCUUCAGGGUUUGCGAUCGUCACACGCGCCGAAGCUACUCUCUGGACUGAUGGCCGCUACUUUUUGCAAGCGGCCCAGCAGCUUGAUGCAAACUGGACGCUCAAGAAGCUCGGCCUCCCGGACUCUGAAAAGCAGCACGAGUUUUUGGCCAAGGUGCUGCCUGCCGGCUCGCGUGUCGGCUGUGAUCCCUUCCUGCACUCGACGCUGAAAUACAACAAGCUGCGCAAAGACCUCCAAACUGUGGGCUUGGAGCUCGUGUCGGUGGUUGCCAAUCCUGUCGACAUGGUCUGGAAGGACCGCCCUGCCCGUCCGAAAAAUCCCGUGUUUGCGCUCGACGAAACCGCGUACGCUGGGGCUACCGUUCAGAGCAAAGUCGGUGAAAUCAAAGCCAAGCUGACCGAGCAACGCGCCGCUGCCAUUGUGUUCUCCGCGCUGGACGAGAUCGCUUGGCUCUUCAACCUGCGCGGUUCUGACAUUGAGUGCAACCCAGUGUUCUUUAGCUAUGCCAUCUUGCACGUCGAGCACGGCGCGUUCUUGUUUGUCGACGAAAGCCGGGUUGAAUCGGCUGCCAAGCAGCGCCUCCAGACCCAAGGUGUGACUCUGCUGCCUUACGACGCCAUCGCCUCCAAGGUUUCCGAGUUUGCUGCCGGAGGCCAGCGCGUGUGGAUUCCUAACGUCUGUCCGCAGGCGCUUGCUAGUUUGGUGAAGAAGGCUUCGCAACUGAAGGCGGACUCUCCCGUCGAACUCGCGAAGGCAAUCAAGAAUGCGACAGAGCUCGAAGGCAUGCGCCAAGCCCACAUUCGCGACGGCGCUGCUCUGUGCGGCUACUUUGCCUGGCUCGAGAAUCAGCUGAACAGCGGCAACACAUCCCUGACCGAGGUGACGGCCGCUGACAAGCUCGAAGGGUUCCGACGUGUGCAAAAGGACUUUUUCUCGCUCAGCUUCCCCACCAUCUCCUCCUCUGGGCCAAACGGUGCCAUCAUUCACUACCACCCAGAGGCUGCUACCUGUCGCAGCGUGUCUCUUGCCGAGCUCUAUUUGUGCGACUCCGGUGCGCAGUACCUCGACGGCACAACAGACGUGACGCGCACGCUGCACUUUGGCACGCCUUCUGCUCAUCAACGCGAAUGCUACACGCGCGUGCUCAAAGGCAAUGUCCAGCUGUCUCUUGCCAUUUUCCCUGUCGGCGCGACCGGCCAAAACCUCGACGUCAUCGCCCGUCGUCCGUUGUGGGACAUUGGCCUGGACUACCGCCAUGGAACUGGGCACGGCGUUGGCUCCUUCUUGAACGUGCACGAAGGCCCUCACCGCAUCAGCGCAGUCUCAGUUGCCGACGCCGUUGGUCUCAAGCCUGGCAUGGUUGUCACCAACGAGCCUGGCUAUUACGAGGACGGCGCGUUUGGCAUUCGCAUCGAGAACGUGAUGGCAGUUGUUCCGCACACGGCGCGUUUCAACUUUGGCAACCGCGGCUACCUUCGUUUUGAAACACUGACCAUGGCUCCGCUUCAAUCCAAGCUCAUUGUGAAGGAGCUGCUGACUCCCGAAGAGGUCGAGUGGAUCAACGCCUACCACGCCGAGGUUCGCGAGAAGGUUGGCUCUGCCCUCAAAUCGGCGGGCGACUCGCUUGGCUACGAGUGGGUGAUGAAAGAGACUGCCGCACUCUGAACUUCUGCGCAUUGCCAAUUCGACGGGCCGUUUCGCAUACUGCCACCCUUUGUCAAUUGCUAACAAUACAAUCUCAUGUUGGUACGAAA